CACACAGAGAGUGAAGCCUCUCCAACUUUCUGUGUGCAGGCGGCGUUCAGAGCUGUGUGAGGAUGGAGAGCGGAUAAACUGAGAACUGGCUCCAGAGGAGUUGCAUUAGAGAUGCCGGCCGAGGGGACGCUAAUGGUGCCAUGUGUUCACAAGAAAUUGGCGUGCACGUUUUGAGCCUCAUCAGAUUUCCGUGCAUGCACUCCGCGGAGAGUCUUUCCACACGGUGUGCCAGCAGUUGCUAUUUUUAGAAACAAUGUUGCAGUAGAGGAAUCAAUCAAACUGGGGCUAAAACAGUGCAUUCAUGACAAUCUGCUGCAGCCCUCUGAGAUUCCUAUCUGAGCUCACCGGGCCAUGCGACAGGAUGUUGCCUGUGUGUCUAUCCUAUCGCAGCUGAUGCCAAAUGAUGCCUUUUGCUCUGGUGCUCUUCAGGAAAGCACACCGGCGGACUGCAAACUUUUGCACCAUGGAAUCCGCUGCUCUCUCUGGCAACAGUGGCUGCAAUGCUUUUGGGACCUCAUGUAGUUCUUUCUCUUUUUGCAGUCUUAGAAUUUCUAAAGAACACUGCAGUUUGCGAUGUGAAUGAGAGUAAUUGGAUGAUAAAAGAGCAAGGAGCGUUGUGAUCUGACGAGAGGCGUUUUCUCAUCCUCUUUUACUUCUAUCGGGAGAGAGCUUAUUUUUGCUUGCUCUUAUGGGAAUUAAGCACUCGUCCCGCUGCAUGCUCCUCAGGAGAAAAAUGGCGGAUUCUGAGAGCAGUGAGCACCAACAGUCACUGCCACAGCCGAUCCGCAUAAUCCAAUCCCAGUCGGCACAGCCCACCUCGUUGCCCAAACCCGUGCCUUCCAUCCAGCACGCCCCGCGGCCUCCUCUCCCUCCUCACACCCCCCAUGCUGCCAGCCUGUCGAGCUGCCCUGGGAGGGGGAAGAUGGCCAAGUUCCUUAACCCGGAGGAGAUGACCUCUCGGGACUACUACUUUGACUCCUAUGCCCACUUUGGUAUACAUGAGGAGAUGCUGAAGGACGAAGUGAGGACGCUCACCUACAGGAACUCCAUGUACCACAACAAGCACGUCUUCAAGGACAAAAUAGUGCUUGACGUGGGGAGCGGGACCGGGAUCCUGUCCAUGUUUGCAGCUAAAGCAGGAGCUAAGCACGUGUACGGGAUCGAAUGCUCCAGUAUAUCAGAGUACUCCGAGAGGAUCAUCAAGUCCAACCACCUGGACAGUGUGAUCACCAUCUUUAGGGGGAAGGUGGAGGAGGUGGAGCUUCCUGUGGAGAAGGUUGACAUCAUCAUAUCAGAGUGGAUGGGUUACUGCCUCUUCUACGAGUCCAUGCUCAACACCGUCAUCUUCGCCAGGGACAAGUGGCUGAAACCUGGUGGAUUAAUGUUUCCUGACCGAGCGUCUCUGUAUGUGGUGGCCAUAGAGGACAGGCAAUACAAGGACUUCAAGAUCCACUGGUGGGAGAACGUCUACGGCUUUGACAUGACCUGUAUCCGCAACGUGGCCAUAAAGGAGCCGCUGGUGGACGUCGUGGACCCCAAACAGGUGGUUACCAACUCCUGCCUUAUCAAGGAGGUGGACAUCUACACGGUGAAGGCGGAGGACCUCUCCUUUACCUCAACGUUCUGCCUGCAGAUCCAGAGGAACGACUACAUCCAUGCACUGGUCACUUACUUUCACAUUGAGUUCACAAAGUGUCACAAGAAGACCAGUUUCUCCACAGCACCAGACUCUCCGUACACCCACUGGAAGCAGACAGUGUUUUAUCUGGAGGAUUAUCUGACGGUGAGGAGAGGAGAGGAGAUUACAGGCAGCAUCGCUAUGAAGCCUAAUGAGAAGAACUCUCGGGACUUGGACUUCACCUUUGAGCUGGACUUCAAGGGGCAGCUGUGCGAAGCAGCCAUAGCACACGACUACAAGAUGCGCUAAGUGUGACGGGAGGACCUCGGUGCCCCACUGAGUGUGAACCGCUGAGCACCAGAGGGAGACAGAGACGCUCCCAUGACUGCAGACGGACACACUGGGUGACGAAGGAGAGGGAGACGAGGGCCGAAGAUGGAGGCCCGACAGCUGACAGUUUCACUAUCGUCUCCACAGUGCAUGAUGGAGUCAGGAAGUGACUGGUUCUGACUGUUUAACAACCCUGAAUGUAACACUGAUGAAACGAGGCCCAGAGUGUUCUCUAGUCUGGAUGAAUGUUAUUGAUUCUUGAUGUUCUGUGAGAUGGAGUGGUGUACCUGUGUGCUUUGUUCAGUAGCUGUUUUCUGCAAUAACCUGGAGUCGAUUGUAGGCUUCAAGUUGACAAAACAUUUAAGGUGUAAAUCUUCUGUUAUAUUACGUGUUGUUGAGACUGGUUAACAGAGAAACAUUUUGAUUUCUAGUUGUUUAAAUGGUUCGAUCCAAACCGCCAAGGACAACCCCCGAGUAGGUGCGUGUAUAGUCAUGUGAAAGGUACUGUGUUUGCAUAGUCGGUGUCGUCGUAGCUUCCUGUGAGUGUGUAGUAGACGAUGUCGAGGCUCACAUUGUUGCACAGCUUGGACUCCACAUGUGCGCCGUGAUGUUGACAUGCCAAUAACAUACUUUACCUUUCCCCCCGUCCUCAAUGCCUUGACCAAGUGCCGAAGCGUACCUACUGCUUUUCUGCAUUGCUGCAUUUAGCUUUUUUCAAUUCUUCCGUAGAUAGACAUUUUUCAAGGUUAAAUAUCAUUAUAAAACAAUCAACAUUUGGACAUGAUGCAGGCUGUAGAAGUCCUUUCCCCUACAUAUAUCUUAGUAUGUCCUAUCCAUUAACUCUGUAUGCAUAUAGUAUCACAUAAAAAAAAAGACGAGGUCAGCGUCACAUUAUAGCAUGAGAAUUUAACUUUAUUGUUUAACACUUGUGUCCUUGUAAUAAGAUCUUUUCAAAGGAAAGGAGAAACUGGAGGAGUCGUGGAGAGAGCAUUACUGCAGCCUGGGGCGCCAGUGGCCUAGUGGUUAGUCCCCAUAUGUGGAGGCUGUUGUCUUUCAAGCGAGCGGCCUUGGGGGACAAACAUAUCCAGUUAGGAUGUUAAAAAAUCUGCCAAACAGAGAAACAGUCUUGUUAAAAAAACAAUAUUUCUAAUUACAUGAUAAUCAUCUUACUAUGAAUACUCUCUUGGUGAAAAAAAACAGAUUCAACAAUUUCAAUUUCAGCAUCAACAAAUGUCUGCUGUGUGGCUGCACAUUUCUUCACCUCUGAUUACAAAUGAAUAAUAAACUACCUUGUAAUUGUUAGAGUUCAGCAGAGUUACCUGGCUGCUGGGUUACACUGGGGACAUACAGACAUCGUCUCACAUCUCCUGUGCUCUUACUGACAUCGUUGCCAAGGAUCGCUGUAAGUUUGUGUUUUUUUCUGGAGAUGUGGAUCCAGGCAAAGAUGACCUUUACAACCUAUAAUUCUUAUUUUUAGUA